AUGUUGUCCAGCGACUUCUCGAAGUUUGAGACAUGCCACCCUGAAGUGGCACGGAAGAUUUAUUUGAAGGGUUCGCUGCGCCGGUUUUGCCUUCAGCAUUCCAGAUUUUCGGUGGAGGCAAUGACGGCAUCGAGUUUGUACGUCGUUCGGCUCGCCAGCAUUCAGUUGAAGCCCACGAGCAGGCCUACUAGUGGUGAGGAGGCCAUCAUCGCAGAUCUGGUGGACUUCCUGCGGGAGCGGGGCGGCACAGCUUCAGCAGAGACAUUUGGAGACUUCUACAGCCGGCAUCCGACACACCGGGCUUCUGUGCCGAAGCUUCGGGCUUUUUGCGAGCAGCACACCGACCGCUUCAUCGUCUCGGAGGUUUCGGUUCAUUUUGGGUUGUGA